GAUGCUGGGAAGUGUAACUUAAUAAAUCUCAUUUACAGGCCGUCUUUAACCGCGUCAGCUGCGCGCAAUUACCUCUCCAAAUGAAGUUAGAGGUUUCAGGGAGGAAACACUGACUGCCAGGGUAACGUGGGUAUCUUCAAAUCAGACCUGUGACAGAAGACAGAAGACAAGAGCGAGAGUGGCAUAAAGAGAAGAGCUCAGAGGCGACCCCAGCGUGCUCACAAUACAAACUACAGUAGGCCAAUAUCCGUGAAACGCUCGAGGAAACUCGAUUUUGAUCGGCUUAAUCCAAAACAGUGAAAGUAAAGCUGAAGAAAAGGCAAGAGACUGAGGGUGUGGACUUUGACUUCAAGGACGAAGACAAAUUAAAUUUAGGAAUGAGUUGGAUCGGCUCCGAUCAGCAGCAGCAGUUAGUUUGAUGACCGAGCUGUAACGUCCGACAGGGGGUUUUUGGACGGGUUUGAAUAGCUAACCGAAAACAAUUUGAGGAUUUGUUACUAGGAGCAUCAUGUCUCGUUCACAGCUGCUGAUUGUACUCCUGUGUUGUCUACCUUUGGCAGCCUGUUUGCGCUGUUACACCUGUGUAUUUCCUGCCAUCUCUCCUCUGGACUGCUUUAAGUUCCCUCAGGAGUGCCCAGCUGGACAGCGCUGCCUGUCUAGUACUGCGAUAGGAAAGCGGGGCUCACUGCAAGUGACGAUGUACGAGAAGAGCUGUGCCGUCCCCUCCCAGUGCGGUGUGAGUGGACAGAAAUACGCCUCGGGCCUCUACUUCAACUACACCAACGUCUGCUGCGAUACAGACCUCUGUAACGGGGCCGUGUCCGUCGCUGCCCUCAGCUGGGGAGGCGUCGCCCUCUGUCUGCUGCCUGCUCUCUCUCUCCUGCUGGCCUGAGCAUCAGAGGCGACGAUGGUGUCGGAGGUCUGGGCCGGGUCAAGCUCAACACCGAAUAUCAAAGCUGUUAGGUGACCUGGAAAAGACGUCCACUCACAGGAUCAUGAGCAUGCUCGUGUGAGCCAACACGGUUUGAAAAAUCCUAUUUUUAAUAAAGAAUGAACAGGGGUGAUAUGAGUGAGGCACUGAGGUGGUUUGUGAAGCCCAGAUUAUCUUAUUCUAUCAUCUGUUUCUCAAACAUAGCAGAAUCUUCCUAAAAAUGUCAGAAGGCUAAUAAUUUAAAAGUAAUAAAAAAAAAAUAUGUGACAGCUUAACAACAACAAAUUAUUGAUGCCAAAAUAUAUCUCAACUCAAGGUCUAUUUUGAGGCUGUUCUGGAGCUUUCAAUCAUACCACAUGAGGUUCAUCAGGACAUAAGAAUCAGUUAAUGUGGAACCAGAUAAUCACUUUUUUUUAACAUUACAGGUUUAUUAUAAGUCUGCCUGUUUAUUAUUAAGUUAGUUCAUAGUUCAUGACUUACCUCAAUAAUAGAAAGCUCCAGAGCAGCUGCUAAAGAGACCGUGAUGAGAUUGUUUUGUCAGCUCCACGAUCAAGAAUGAACUUUCACACAGACGAUGGACGACAUGUUGCUUUAAUACUCAGAAAAAGUGCAAGUUUGAGCAUCUACAUUUGCAUGUUAAAUGGAUGAAAGCAGAUACAGAUACAGAUACUAAAUGUUUUUGUGAUUGAGUUUGUGAUUGUUUUGUCAACUGCUUUGAAACUCCAAAUAUAUGCUGCCAGCAUAAUGCUGGUUCGUAACCUUAGUUUGGCCAUAUCGCGCAUCUCCAAAUGUCUUAAAUGAUGACCCGAUAAUGACGUUAAUAAAACUUAACUGAACUGAGGAGAAGCCUUCUCAGCAUUAUGCCUCUUAUUUAAGCUCUACUUUAUGUGCAUUUGCUAUGUUUAUGUACACGUAUUAUCUUUUUAUUACAGUACUUGACAACAUACUUAUAUUCAUUGCUGAGCUUCGAGUCUACAGCUUUUGCAGACUUGAAACGUUCUUGACUUCUUGACCAUGUUGUUACCCUUGACAAAGUAAAAACACAUCUGUCACUGAUUUAAUAUCAAAUGUUUCUUUAUUAGGAUAUUAAUACAUGUGUCUUUGUAAGAGUUUCAAAGUACAAAAUACAUUUCAGCUGUGCUAUUAGUUUGAUUGUCUUCAUUGUUGAUUUAAAUCUACUGUUUUAGUGUCCACACCAUUGUUUUGAUCCGGUGGACUUUUAAGUGCAACUGCUUUGGACUACAUGGCAAAAAGCAUGAAAAAAAAAGACAAAAAAAGGCUAAAAUAUGUGUAGGGAAAUGCAAACA